AUGUUGCAUCGGUCAUCAUCAUCACGGCGACGGCGCGCGUCAAGAAGUGCUGCAACGUCACCUCAAGCAAGAUCACCUCGAGCAUCAGCCCAGCCAUCACGAAGAGCAUCACUAGCUGCUACUGAAACAGAUGAAGAGAUGGAACCAACAGCUCCACCCCCUCAAAGGAGUCCACGGGCAAGCCUAGCACCAGAUGCAGCACUAGACAACUAUCACCGAAGUCCUCGUCACUCUUUAGUUCCUGAAUCUAGGUCUGCUAGGAACUCUAUAGUUCCAGACACGGCUGCACCACUGCACAGAAACAGUUUAGCCCCUUCAAGAAAUAAUUUAGCAGUUGACAUGACAUAUGGGUCCAGACUAAGCUUAAACCCUCAAGAUUUUAACAGGAGUCCAAGAAAUAGUAUUGCACCUGAUGCAACCGCGAGAAGUCCAAGAAGAAGUUUAGUACCUGAAGGUACAUCAUGGAAUCAACCGCGAAAUUCCCUGGUACCAGAUAUAGGAAGAAGUCCACGUCACUCCGUAGCCAGUAUCCAGAUAGAUCCUGCAAGGGGUCAAAAAGAACUAGGGCCUAGUCCGAGAACCAGUCCAAGGGGCAGCAUAGGACCAGAUCAUACAUUGAAGAAGGAUAUUCAAGAUAUGCGAAGUCCAAGAGGUUCUUUAAUUCCGGACUCCCAGAGAAGUCCUAGGGGAAGUAUUGCUCCUUCAGAGAAAAGUGCAAGGGGUAGCCUAGUAACAGGUGCUGAGGAUAUCUCGCGCUUAAGCCCAAGGGGAAGUUUGACUCUGACAUUUCAGGAGCCGUUGGUAUCUAGAGAAAGGCGAGCAAGUGAAGAAAGUCAAGUCGCUGGUACUCGAGGAAGAAGCAUGUCACCGUACAGAGCAUCGUUGGCUGGUCGUCAGAGUGGCACAAGUGGAUUAUCAGAUACCGGUUCCCGUCGAGCAUCUAGUUCGGUAUCAGGGGAUGAACAACGGCGUCUUUGCGGAGAGCAGGCCAAAUACAAAGACAGUCAUGGCCUUGGUCUUGGAAUCGGCCUUACAACUUACGGUUCCGUGGCCUACCAGCUCAAAGAUGCAAAUAUGGAGGCCUCAGGAACUGUUGAUUUUGUUUGCAGAGCUGCGAAGAUUAUGAAUAGGACUAGUGUCCAUUACAUAAGAGAUUGUCCAGCCGAACCCCGCAUUCCAGUCUACAUGGUAGUGGGUGGAGCUGCCGGUGGCGCAGGCAUCUGCUGGCUUCUGUGGGCACAGCUUGCAAGCCGGACUUCAAAUUCUUCACCCAGCGUGCUUGAGAGUAUCCUGGCCUAUAUACUAACCGGCUUUCUUCUAGCUUGGUUCGCUUUCGGAAACUAUUGGACCCUAGGAAUUAUGUGGCCAGAUUACACACCAACACUAUUCGAACCAAAUCAAUGGUGUCACAGAACAUUGUAUGUAUUCGCUCUGACGCAGCUUGGAGUUGUAUGGGGCCUGAUUUCACUCCUGCUCCUUCUGUUGCUGGCACUCGUCGUAUGUCAAGAAGUGCUUACUCAGGCAGACAAAGAUGUAGAUGGCCAUAAAUCCAAGACUCAAAUUCCAGAAAUUAACGAACCAAGUGAUGAUGAACUUAAAAGUCCUUUAAGUAAAACUUUCGAAGAUUUCAAAUGUGGCACAGAUACGAAAAAUAGUGCAAAAGAAGUAAAUACUAAAGGUAAAAGUGAAGUGAACAGUUCUGAUGUAGUGAAAUUAACUAAUGCAAAGAAAGGUAAUUCAGCCUGA